AUGGUUGAAACCGAGAAAAUUGGAAAAAGAAGGGAGGAGAAAGGGGAAGAGAGGGAUAGUAUUAUAGGAGGCAGCGCCCACAAGACGUUCCGUCUCAAGAGAACUCUUGCCAAGAAGCAAAGACAAAACAGACCAAUCCCACAAUGGUUCCGUCUCAAGUCUGACACCAACAUCCAAUACAACGCUAAACGUCGUCACUGGCGCCGUACUAAGCUCCACAUUUAA